AAAUAAAGUGCAUAAUAUUAAAAUUCAUGUAACACAAAAAUUAAUAAAUUUAUUGAAAACUGAAUAUAUCAUUUAAUUUGAAACAAAAAAUCUCUAAAACGUUAAAUAUUAAAAAAAACUGAAGCUUAAAAUAUUCAAUCUAAACCCUUAUACCACGAUUUGAAUGUCCAUGCAUAUAUACUUAUAUACCCCAUCAGAAGUUGUUUCAGUACAGUUAAAACUAUAUAAAUUAAUACUGUUGAGAUUUUGAUAUUUUAUAAGUUUAUGAAAUUAUUAUUCAAAAUUUUUUUCAUUUACCUUAAUAUUUUAAAUAUAUAUCUUAUGCAAAAUAAAAUUAAAAUUUGAUUUUAUGGUGUUGGUAUUGUAUACUCAAUAUAUUUAAUAGAGUCAGCUUUUAUAUAGUUUCUACUGUAUAUAAAUCCAUAUUUUCCUUAUUUCCCUUUGUUUGCAAGUCAUAAAACUAGAUAUGACCUCAAAUUUAUUUAUUUAUUAAUUAUUAUCAUAUUUGUUAAUUUAUUAAGUAUUAAUUUAUAGAGUUUUACUGUAACUAGAUCCAUAUUUUUCCUUAUAUCCCUUUGAAGUUGCAAGUCAUAACUAGAUCCAUCUUUUUCCUUAUAUCCCUUUGAAGUUACUGUAACUAGAUCCAUCUUUUUCCUUAACGUCCGAAUCUGCUUAGUAACGUGUUUAGUUGUUAAAUCGAGUUUCUCCAAAAAUAAAUAAUAACCAAACGAAAUUUAAGUCAAAGCCUCGGUGAUUGGACAAAAAAGGAUACAGAGAGAUGGAAGAAGAACUCAAGAACUUCAUCAAGGUCUGGGUUUCUAUAAUCAUCUCUGUUUCCUAUUGUUACUACCUAUCAACCAGAAUCAAACCCGGUGUGUUAAGAUUACUCUCUGUUCUUCCAGUUUGUGUUCUGUUCCUUCUCCUUCCUCUGUUUUUCUCCUCUGUUCACUUCUCUGGAUCCGCAGCGUUUUUCUUCACAUGGCUCGCCAAUUUCAAACUCAUCCUCUUCUCUUUCGACAAAGGUCCUCUUUACCCACUUCCCCAAACUCUCUCCUGGUUCAUCUACUUCACUUGCUUCCCCAUCAAGUCUCAACAUAACCCUAAAUCUCAAAACGAGAUCCCCAAAUGGGUUUUCGCCAUUAAAGUUGUCAUCUUUGGUGUGUUGUUACGUAUGUGUGAUUACAAACAACACAUGUCUCCUACUAUGCUAUUGAUUAUAUAUUCUCUGCAUAUAUAUUUGGAGCUUGAGAUUGGUUUAGUGCUCGUCAAAGCUUUGGUCUUUAUCUCUCUCGGAUGCGAUCUAGAGCCACAGUUCAAUGAACCAUACUUAGCCACUUCUCUUCAAGACUUCUGGGGUCGCCGGUGGAACCUCAUGGUCACAGCGAUCCUCCGCCCAGCUGUUUACGACCCUGUGCAGCGAAUCGCUGAAUGGAAAAUGAGCUCCGAUCAUGCUAGGUUUUUGGCGGUUUUGGCGACGUUCUUGGUCUCCGGUGCAGUUCACGAGCUGAUCUUCUUUUAUAUUACCCAUAAGAUGCCUACAGGAGAAGUCACUUGGUUCUUUGUGUUGCAUGGAGUUUGCACGGCCGCGGAAGUAGCAGUAAAGAAGAGGACGUUUAUGCAGCGGUGGAAGAUGAGUCAUAUGGUUUCACGACCGCUUACGGUAGGGUUUGUAGUUUUGACGACUGGUUGGUUGUUUUUCCCUCCUCUUAUAAGAAAUGGCAUGUUUGAGAAACUCCCUAACGAAGUCUUGUUGUGCAUUGAUUUUGUCAAACACAAGCUUUUUAAUUUUGGUUCAUGAUUCA